AUGUGGAUACCGGGCCAAUCUUCUAUUCUCCGUGCUGUGCCCGCUACCUUUUUUUUUUUCCUCACGAUCCAUAUAUUUCAAUUGGUGGCGCUGACCAUUUGUUUGUUUCUUCCGAUAGGGAGCUCCCAUCCUGCACUCGUCGACCAGAUCUGUGCCCGUCUCGGCGUCUCGCCCGGCCAGGUCAAGCUCUCGAAAUUCGCCAACAAGGAGACUAAUGUUGAGAUUGGCGACAGUGUCCGCAACAAGGACGUCUUUAUCAUCCAGUCUGGAUGUGGCGCCGUCAAUGAUAACCUCAUGGAGCUGCUGAUCAUGCUCGCUGCCUGCAAGACCGCUAGUGCUCGCCGCAUCACCGCCGUUAUCCCCUGUUUCCCCUAUGCGCGUCAGCCGGAUGCACCCUACAAAAAGAACGGCAUGCCCUUGUCGCGUGUUCCUCAGAACGUCUUUUUCGGUUACACCGGAUCGAAUACCCCCUUCUCCUUGCCAGUCACCCCUGCGGGCACACCUCUGCAAACCCCUAGCCUGGAUCGUGUCGAUCGCAAGAAUCCUUUUGAUAAGAUGUUUGACUCUACCAACGAUAUUCCCACGAUCAAUGGAGCUGGAUCGGGAUCCAGAUCAGCAACACCUUCUCAGACCUGUGUCAUCAGUGACCAAGUGAACCCUCAAAAGGCCGGAUACAAACACUGGGUUGCCCGUUCAGGGACACUUAUUGCCAAUUUACUCGUCACUGCUGGUGCGGACCACAUUAUUACCAUGGACUUGCAUGAUCCUCAAUUCCAGGGCUUCUUUGACAUUCCUGUCGACAACCUGUAUGGGCAGCCCUUGAUGGUUAAAUAUAUCAGGGAGCGUAUCCCCAACUGGGAGGAUGCUGUCGUGGUCUCGCCCGAUGCCGGAGGAGCCAAACGCGCAACUGUGAUUGCCGACAAGCUCGGCAUGGAGUUUGCGCUAAUUCAUAAGGAGCGUCGUCAGAUUCAGGCUCCCCACAAACCCGACAUGAUGCUCGUUGGAGAUGUCAAGGGGAAAUCCUGCAUUUUGGUCGACGAUAUUGCAGACACCUCAUUUACAAUCACCAAGGCUGCCAAGGUUCUGCAGAUUAACGGAGCUCAAAAGAUCUAUGCCAUCAUCACGCAUGCUAUCAUGUCUGGAGACGCCAUUGCCAGGAUUCAGAACUCGUGCAUCGACCAGGUCAUUGUCAGCAAUAGUAUUCCUCAGGAGGAGCAUCUGGCGCAAUGCCCUAAAAUGAAGGUCUUUAACGUUGCACCGAUCUUUGCAGAGGCUAUCCGCAGGAUACACAAUGGAGAGAGCGUCAGCAUGCUGUUCGACGUGAUGGACUUGAUCUAG